AUGAAUAUCAUUCAAUUUUAAUUAUUUGAAAACACGGUUUAGGUGAGUAUGACUUUAUUUAGAAAUGCUAUCUAAUGUGUAGUAAGCGAUACUAAAAAAUUUGGUAGUGUUUUGACAGCAGAAUGUGAAAAAAUGGGUGAAGAUGAAAACAUUUAUGAUGUGAAAACUAAAUUUGGAUCUAGAGAAAUAGUAGAAUAUGAAUAUUUUGCAAGAAAGAUAAUUGAAGAAAUGUACAACUCAAAAAGGAUUGUUUCAGAGAUGUAAAAGAAAUAUCAGACAUAAGAAAAACAAUUCAAUGUAUUUUUAGGUAAAAAGCUAUUGUUAUUCAUAUCAUUGAAUGAUCGAGAGAAUAUCUAGAAAAACAAAGCCAUUAUUGAAGAUAUUAUAGCAAAUCUAACUAAUUUGAUAUGAGUAUAAUUAAGUGUUAAUUAUUUAUUUGAA